AUGCUUGAUAACAAUCAAAAGAGCCGUAUUCGUGAAGACUCUAAGGCAUGGAGCGAGGAAUACCCUAAAAUGGAUCCUUUGAGUAACCUCAAAGAUAAUACCCCUCUCAAGAGAGCUAAGGAGAUGUAUGCACAGUGUAUUGAGAAAGCCAGGAGUGCUAGUCUCAAUAAACAGAGCAGUUCUAAUUCAAACGGGCUGAAUUCCAGUUCCCUCAGCUUAUCCAGAAAGGCCUCUUCAAGACAGGAUGCAAGCAAUGUACCUGAGGCUGAAUGCAUGAAGAUUCACCUAGACUUAUUAGGUAAAAGAGCUGAUUUGGUCUCACCCAAGCCUGUCCGGGUGAAGCUCAUUUAUAAGAUCGACAACCCUGAUGAGCUUGGAAAGCUCGGUGAUGGCAGAAAGAAAGGUCAAUUCUAUGAACGGAUGUUUAAAAUUGACACAAGGAUGAAAGACCGAGCAGGAAAUUUAAAAGAAGGAGGCUCUAUAAUGCUCAACUUGACAAAUAUGCUUAGCGCACUUUUUAACGAAACUAUUGACUCAGGGAAAGCUUUCGAUAGAAGAGCUAAGAAGAUAAUCAGGUCACAAUAUCGAUUAAUCACUCCCUCAAAUGUACCAAAACCUGGAUUCCCACAGACAGAGGCAAAGCAGGGUGCACAAUCAAAAUUGGCUCAUAAUACCAGUACUAAAGACUCUGAAGCACAAUUUGAUAACAAAAUUAACGGUUUGGGAUCACCUUGCAGUCAGGCACCUGAGCUAGGCCAGAAAUUUCCUUUAGCUUGUUCAAAUGCAUUUGACACAAACAAGUCCUCCCAAUUAGAGGAAGAAAUCAGCAAGCUACAGAAAGAAAUAGAGAGACUCAGUACAGUAGUCACUCAGCUUGAGACUGAACAUCAGGAGAAGGACAAGGUCAUUCUAGGAAUUAAGCAAGAAUAUGAGAGCAAAAGAAGCCAAGCUGAAGCUCUUAAUGAAGAAAAUACUACCUUCAGACAAGUCAUUGAGUCUCAGAAUAUUAGGUUUAAAGAAAAGAUUGACCAAAUGGCUGAAGAGAAGCAGCAGAAGGACAGAGAGAUUGCUAAUUUGAUCAACCAUAUUCGAGAAAAUGAGUCUCAAAAUGAAGAAAAUUUAGGCUUUGAGAGGAAAUUGAACAUGCUUCAACAACAGCUCCAGGAAAAACAACAGUAUAUUUUUAAAGUUGAACAAGAGUACCAAGGCUUAGAGCAAGAUUCUCAGACAAGGACUCAAGCGUUUGAAAAAAGAGUCACUUCACUACAACAAGAAAUUGCUAAUCUUGAGGAGCAAAAAGCAACAUUCGAACAUGAAAAAUCUACUUAUGAACAGCAGAUUGCCUAUUUUGAGCAGGAAAAAUAUAAUUUUGAUGAAGCACAAGAGAACCAAAACAGUAAGCAAGAAGAAAGAAUUAGUGCUCUCAUGAAGGAAAAGAGUAAACUUGAGAAAGAAGUUGUGCUCUCACAGAAUAAAAUGGUACAGCUACAGAAGGAAAUGAACGACACUAACCUCCAAAGUCAGGAGCAUCUCUCUAAAAUUCAGAACCAGCUGGAAGAAAUUAAUAGAAUGAAUGAAUACAUUAGUGAGAUUAAAGAAGAAAACCUAUGUCUCAAACAGAAGUACAAAGACCUUGAAGCUAAGGGUCUUGAGGCUAAAGGAGCUUCAGAAGACUUCGCUGAGGAAAAAGACCAGUUAAACCAGAAAAUAGCUCAAUUAACUAAAGAUCAUGAUGAUAAGGAUCAGAAGUACAUCAAACUUAUGGAUAAGCUAAAGCAUAACCAGGACCAGUACCUUGCCUUACAGAAAGAGCAUGAGGCUGAGCUCAGUGGUUAUAUACAUAAGGACCAGCAUAAAGCAGAGAUCUCUAAACUGCAACUAUCCAACCAAGAACUAGUAAAAGAGAUUAAGAAACUCCAUUUAUCACUUGAAGAGAGGAACAAGGAAGAAAAGAGGCUCAGAGAGAUUCUCAAUGCUCCUAAAGAAAGCCAAGAUGAAAAUAGUGGAGGUAUCAGCCACGACCAACUCAGAAUUUUAAAGGAAUAUUCUGACAUCAUGAAGAAAAUGUUCGAAUAUGAUGACUCUGGAACUCUUAAGUCUGGAAGAAUAUGUCUCAAGGAUAGUAUUGAUAAGGUCCUCAGUGAUUAUGACGGCCUCGUGGUCAGAUACCAGCAAGUAGAACAGCAAUAUAUCGACAUCAAGCUGAAAUACGCAGAAUCUGAGGAAAUUAAGGAACGUUUAGUUACUAAAUUAGAAGGUUUUAUGGUUCAAGGACCUCCAAGAGACGGGUCUAUCGGUAUCAAGAAAAUUGAAGACAAGAAGAGCGAAGAUGGGCUCUUCGCUAAAGCAAGCACGCUGUGGUCAGGUGCUGGAAAAUUCUAUUCCAACAAAUUUGGAAAUAAAGGAGAAGAGAAGCCUUAAUUUUCGACAGCCAUGAACU